GCUAUAUAUUUCAAUGAAAAUUCCGUGUCAAAGACGGUCGGCGACGCUCGGCCUAGGUCGAGGCAUUGUUAAUGCCAUAGAAAAACAGCUAUUUUGCUGAACGGCCAUCAAGAAAUACUUCCUUUCACGAGUGCGAAGUCGAGUUCCUUUCGAUCGGGAUGCCGACGUACUUUUUCGACCGGCAGAAUGAGAAGGACUUCAACCAUGUUUGGCCAGCGAGAAAAUUCGAGGCGCAUCCGCUCUUAUCGGCGCAAGUCGGCCGGUGCUGCUCAGAUUGAGGCUUCAAUUGUACUCAAAACACGCUUAAGUUUUCAUUACAGGUGCUGCCGCCUUCCACGAGGACCGCAUCGGGUCUGCGGGCGCCCCCCCGCGCACUGCGAGUGGGACCUCAGCGGAGCGCGUGUCCACGGUCAAGUCCAUCAUGGACAAGUCCAUGGUCAAGUCGGAAACGGUGGUGGCACCGCCACCGCCAGUUGACUUGACUGCUAAAGUCAUUGGCUGGUGCACCUACAACCGCUGCUACCAGGGCUCCACGUCCUGGGAAAAACAUGUCCAGCAUCAGAGGAAGCGUCACUGCACAGCAGCAGAGAGACACGCUUUGUGCCGCUUCUGCCUGGAACUCCAUCACGCUGGACUGCAGGAGCACCUCCAGGAGCACGCCCUGUCGGACGUGGCCUGCUCCCUGUGCUCGGGCCGCUUCCUGGACGACGGCGACGUGGCGCGCCACAAGGCGGACUUCCACCAAGUGACGACUGGCGACGAGGUGCCGCCCGCCCUGGGACGAUGCACCAAGUGCCCCGCCACGUUCAGCAGCUGGGAAGACAACGUGCAGCAUCAAGUCAUCCGCCACCACAAGAAGGACGCGGACCGAGUGUGCUCUCACUGUCUGGUACCUCUCCCGUCCGUCGAGUUCGCUGAGACGCAUGUUUUGCGGCACUCAGAGGGCAAAGAUUUUCCUUGCCAUCUGUGCCCUGCCCGGCUCACUAGCGAAGAGACACGUACUAAACACUUGCAGAGGUUCCACGCGCAAGAAUGGGCCUUUCGAUGACGGGAAGUGCUUUCUUGUAGCGACCGGCCUCUUCAGUGUGAACUUACCUUGCACACUGAAUAGCAUAGGUCGUGUUUGGCCCCAGGAAUGAUGCAGUCUUUAGCACAACCGUGAACGAUACAAUUUUAUGCAUUGUGCAUUGAAAUAGCGAGCUGAAACAGGCACCGGAUAAUUUGUCGCUCCUGUUGGAACCCAAGUUGUCUCACCGAGGGCUGUGCUUAGAACUGCAUCAUUCACGGGGCUUAAAAAGUCUGAAGAUAUUUAGUGUGUAGAAAUUGUCAACAUAUGUAUCUUGUUUUGGCCCCUUGGCCCCCUUGUUUCUGUUAGGCAGUGAGCGUCUUAUCGACAAUAUUUGCACAGAACUUUCUUUAUGUGUGAUUGUGAGAAAGAUUUAGUUUAUUUCAAGAGUUUUCCUCGAAAUAUCAUACCGAGUGUACUUAAAAUUUCGAAACGGUCCUUUUCUUGUACCAUGUUUAGUGUUUGUGAACUGAGAUGAAUAUUGAUGUAGACUUCUAUUCUGUUUAUGGUGGUGGUCGGUCGGUGGUAGUGUUGGUUAAAGAGAAAAUGAACAAAAAAUGUAUCUUAUGUCCUAUCAAAAUAAUGAUGUUAGUGCCGGUAGUCAGGAGAAGUUAACGUUGAAGUGAAGUCAUUAAUUUGUGAAAGUGCACUCAAUGUACUAUGACAAUAAAGAGAGUAUUCCGUUAAA